CCCCUUUGGUUUACCUGUGGUUUCAAACAAGAUGGCGGCGUCACGACUACUGCUGUGUUGUAGAAGAAAAGCCUUCAGUUCGUCCGUUCGUUUCUUUAGCAGCGAGUCUACCGCUAAAUCUGCAGCUAGUCUCCGACCUGAUCCCUAUCACUACUCUCACGAGUCCAUAUUUACAGAUGAUCAUGUACAACUCCGGGAAAAUUUAAACAAAUUUAUUGAAAAGGAAAUCAACCCAUUUGUUGACGAAUGGGAGAAAGCAAAAAUGUUUCCAGCUCAUGAACUGUUUAAAAAAUUCGGGAAAGCUGGGUAUUUUGGAGUGAAUAAGCCAGUGAAAUAUGGAGGCAUGGGGCUAGAUUAUUCCUUUAGUGUGGCGAUGGCAGAGGAACUUGGAAGUAUCAAAUGUGGUGGGGUUCCUAUGGCAAUUGGUGUCCAGGCCGACAUGGCCACGCCUGCACUGGUCAGGUUUGGUAGCGAGGAAUUGAAGCAGCAGUUUUUGGUGCCAACCAUUGCAGGUGACUUUGUUACCUGUCUUGGUGUCAGUGAGACUGGUGCUGGCUCAGAUGUCGCCAGCAUAAAAACUACUGCAGUUAAAGAUGGAGAUGACUAUGUCAUCAAUGGUGGGAAGAUGUGGACAACAAAUGGAAUACAGGCAGAUUGGAUGUGCCUUUUAGCCAAUACAGACAAGGGCCACCCUCAUUUUAACAAGACUCUUAUAUGUUUGCCACUGAAUUUGCCAGGGAUACAGCGUACACGUAAUAUUGAUAAGCUUGGCAUGCACUGUUCAGACACGGCAGAGUUCUACUUUGAGAAUGUGCGUGUGCCACAGUCAUACAGAAUAGGCGAGGAGGGCAUGGGAUUUGUCUAUCAAAUGCUGCAGUUUGUUGAGGAGAGAGUAUUUGCAGGUGCUUCUGUGCUCGUAUCCCUGGAGAGACUCAUUAAAGAAACAGCUGAGUACUGCAAGGGCCGUACUGCUUUUGGCAAGUCCAUUUUGGAUAAUCAAUAUGUGCACUACCGACUGGCAGAGCUGCAGACAGAGGUGGAGCUGCUGAGGUCCCUAGUUUAUAGAACAACAGAUCUUCACAUCAAGAAAAAGGACUCGAACCUCUUGGCGUCCAUGCUAAAGCUGAAAGCAGGGCGGCUUGUGCGAGAAGUCACUGACUCGUGCCUCCAGUUCUGGGGUGGUAUGGGUUUUACGAGUGAUGUAGAAGUCAGUCGUGCCUACCGCGACAAUAGACUGCUCUCUAUUGGGGGCGGGGCAGAUGAGGUCAUGCUGUCAAUCAUCUGCAAAGAAAUGAACCUGCUACCCCAGGAGAAAAAGAAGAAAUGAUUACAUUCAGAUGAAUGAACGUGAGAUUACAACCUACGAACUCGGAAGCACUGAAAACCUUAUAAGAAAAAAAAGGCACUGUACAUAUAUGUGUCAAAGGCAAUCGAAUUGCUGCCCAAACUAAAAGAUCUUCCCCAACGACCGCUUUUCCCCUACAUCUUGCAGUCCCGGGUAAUAGCGCGCGCGCAUCGCAACAUGAGGUCACUUUGUUAGGCUCAUUUAAUUUAGUCGUAUGCGACCCGCCUACGACAUGUCUUAGCCCUGAAUUACACACUGCGACUUUCGUAGCCGAACGUUGUUGCGAAGUCGUAGGCUGAUUUACACUCUACGACCCGAGUUGUAGAGGUGUUGCGGGCACGUCGCAUACGACUAAAUCGUGCCGUCUAAAUCCGCCUUUACACGUCUCACAUUGAUGUGUAUCUGAAUUAUGUAGUUCAGGUAAGGUAGGGGCUUUUACGAACUUCAAGUAUUAAACCACAUACAGGAAGCUAUCACAUGGAAGAUUCGAUUAAGAAAACAAAUUAUUUUUAUUCAACUCACCCCUCCGAGAAUACAUAGUCGCUUUUAAGGUCCAAAUACAUACUUCAAUCAAUAGAAGCUGCGUUUUUUCUACUUAGACGCGAAGGAUUUUUCAAAUUGCACUCAUCUUGGCUUGAGCCGUCAAUAACUUUUUUGGAGUUCUUUUAUACCCCUGUACCCCUUGUACAUACAAAUUAUACCCUCAGUUUUGAUUCCCUCCUAGCAGAGACCACAAUUGUUCACAUGUGAGCGAAUAGACUAGCGAAACCCUCAUUAAACUGUGAUGUAUUACACAAAUAAUAUAAUAGUAAUGUAGUUUGUGAACACUAAUUAAUAAAUGUCUUUCGUUUUUCUAAA